GUACCGGACUACCACUUGGCCACCGGCCCUCGUUCGGUUCACUUGUAGGAUUUUCGGCAAUACAUAAGAUCGCGGCGGCGCACACGACGCAUCGGCGCAGAGGUGCAGCAGCAGCAGCAGCAGCAGCAGACGAAAAGAAACCAAUCGAUAAAAAAAAAAAGAAAGAAAAAAUAUAACAACCAUUUUUUAGUGAAGCUUUUGUUGUUGUUGUUAUUGUUCUUGUUAUCCGGUGGUUGUUGUUUUCUACGUAUAUAGUUGCUUGGACGAUCAGCGAUAAUUUGAACGAUCUCAUCUUUCCUACCCUCUUGGUGACAAUAUAAUAAAAAAUAGAUGAAUUGUGAGGUGCAACAACGCGAGUCCUGCAAAGAUAUGCAGCAGUCGUAUCUGCUGCCAAGCCGGCGUUAUGAGAGCAGCAGCAGCACCGAGUUCAAUCGCAAUAAUUGCAUCAAUCGAAGAAUCGACUACAGCAGCGUGAGCUCGGAGCAGCAGUAUCGUCACUCGACCUCCGACGGGGCGAGCGAGUGCGGCAGCGACAACAGCUCCAACGCCAGCGACUGCUGUCCCGACGAACUGUUCAAUCUGACGCAGUUGGCCGAGGUGUGCGCGGCCGCCGGCACACUCGUCCAUCCGCUGGUCAGCAGGUUCGAGCGUUAUCAACAUCAUCAUCAUCAUAAUAAUGCCCAGCAGCAGCAGCAAAACGAAUCUGCGGCCGGUGGGAGCUUUAAGUUGGAGCCGGAAUUCAUUAAGAUCGAAGAGCCAUCACGAGUAAAUGACUGCUCGAACAGUAACAGCAACAGCAGCAGUACUAGCAGCAGUUCGGAAACUCCCAAAGAGUCCGACGGUCCUUUGACCAGUAACCAGCAACAACAAAUCGACAAUAGUAACGGCAAUGGCCAGCAAGCGGAGGAGGAGCACGAGUGCCCGGACUGCUCGAAAAAGUACUCGACCUCGUCGAAUCUGGCCAGACACCGGCAGACCCAUCGCUCGCCGGGCGACAAGAAGGCCAAGCGCUGCCCCCACUGCGACAAGAUCUACGUGAGCAUACCGGCCUACAGCAUGCACGUACGCACGCACAAUCAGGGCUGCGAGUGCAAGUUCUGCGGCAAGCGUUUCUCCAGGCCGUGGCUGCUGCAGGGACACAUACGCACUCACACGGGUGAAAAGCCGUUCAAAUGCAACGUCUGCAGCAAGGCCUUCGCCGACAAGUCGAAUCUGCGCGCCCACGUGCAGACCCACUCGAAUCUCAAGCCGCACGUGUGCUCGCGCUGCAACAAGGCCUUCGCCCUCAAGUCCUAUCUCUACAAGCACGAGGAGUCGUCCUGCAUGAGAUCGCAGAGGCGAGACUCGCCGAGGUUAGCCUCGUCGUCGUCGUCGUCGUCGCCGUCCACUUCUUCCACCGCCACGAGUACGAUACCAUCGACGACGACGACGACGAGCAGCGGUAAAAAUGGCCAACCUACUAGUGUCAUCGUACAGAGGCCGAGUUUCGACGACGAUUCGAUAACGAGAGCAAAAAAGGACAACAACGCCAUGGUCAUAAGGACGUCUGUGAUAUCGCCCAAUCCCGAGCAUCAUUUGACCUGCAACAAUAAUAACAACAUUAGUAACAAUAACAAUAACAACAGCAAAAAGGUGCUGCAGCCUUUUGAUCUCAGCGAUCCCAACAGGGUGUCUGCUUUCUCGAGACCGCAGAGCUUUACCAUGAAUCUCAGCAUUGCCUGAUUUCCUACUAAGCUGCCAUUUAUACCUGAAUAUCAUAUUCUUUUUUUUUUCUUUAUUUAAACUUGGACUUUGGGGAAAGAAUGUUUUUUUCAUUGUAAAUAAGCGCAUGGAUAAUUACUUGUUACUGUUAUUAUAAUUAUCACUGUCUCAAAAAGUGCCUUCCUCUCAUCGGUACACUCACUGAAAAGUGCAAUUGAAUUUGUCUAAAUUUUUACGUAUAUUAUAUUUAUUUAUUAUAUAGCGUUAAGAUAUAUUCCAAAUAAGUAAGUUAGACAGCCGGAGGUGUGGUCGUGUAAUCUUGCCAACUUUCGCGUGUUUAAUGCACUUCGGCAAUUGAGUACCUUGAAAUUGCAAUAUUGAAGGUGAAAAUUAAAACUUUCAAUCAAAUUUUCAUGAAUUUUCUGUGGUUACUCAUGUAUUUUUGAGAAUAAUUUCAGAUAAUAAAAUUGCAAGUAUUAAUUUUCACCAGUUGAGCUUUCAGCUCUAACGGUGCCUUCUGAAAUACGUAAGCAACCCCUAGAAAUUAUCCAUAAGUUAAUCUACGUUUAAUCGUCAAUUUGUACAUAUCACUUAGUUCAUAAGACUCAGCUGUUUAACGGGGGUGAAUUCCCACUGUGCAGCAAAUCAUACAGCUCGACAAAGCCAAUGAUAACGUAUAUUUAUAAUAAGUAACUAACGGAGCUUUUGCGGCUCGUUGCCCAUUUAUCGAGCAGCUACACAAGGCCGUACAUUGCAACAAUUUGUUUUAAAGUUUCUUCCUUUUUUUUUCUUCUUUUAAUUUUUUUUUCCUCUUUUUACUUUUAAUUGUACGACGACGGUGGUUGGGCGUGUCAUCGCGCAUCGCCUUCAACAGCGAGUGUAUAAACUAGUCAAACUUGUUUUUCUCCGAUUUUGUUUUUUCUCUGUCGAUAUUUCACGGGAAAGUUUGACUCUUGCCAAAAUUUGGUUUCUACGAUCGAGUGACAAUAUGGCUUGAUUGUAGAAGUAUAGAAAUCAUAAUUUAUAUUAGAUGAUAGGAUUAAUGUUUAUAAGUUUGUGAGGUACGUCGAAUAUUGAGUUCACUAUCGUUUAAGUAAAUUUUUGAUAGUUAAGCUUUAUUGUAUUUAGUUAACUUUAAUGUUUUUUUCUCUGGAUUCAUGCGUAGAAGUCCGAUCGAUGAUGUUAGAUUUAUGUAACAAAAAAAUUGAUUAUUCAAAAAAAAAAAAAAAAAAAAAAAAAAAANGUUUAAAAAAAAAAAAAAAAAAGAAAAAAAAUGACGAAACAUAUGAAUUGUACGACAAGUUAAUUAUUGCGUGAAUGUUUCUAUAAUUUUUGUAUCCUUUGCAUAAGCCAAGUCAAAUAGCAUUCCUGUUGAUAUGAAAACGUAUGAUAUGAAAAAAAUAUACAAUAUAAUCCAUCGAAAAUCCGAGUUUGACUUCAAAGUGGCGUGUGAAUCGAACUGAAAUUCAUUUGUGUUCUUAUAUAGGUACCAACAUUUUGUUAUAUUGAAUCAAUUGUUAUAUAAAUAAAAUACAAAAAUUAA